AUGAUAAUGUUGAACCAAACAGACAUGAUACCAACCUCAUUCAUUCUUAGAGGGAUCCCAGGGUUGGAACACAUGCACAUCUGGAUUUCCUUCCCAUUCUGCACUAUGUACGUUGUGGCUAUAGUAGGGAACUGUGGGCUCCUCUACCUCAUCCGCUAUGAGGACUCCCUGCACAAGUCCAUGUACUACUUCUUGGCCAUGCUUUCCCUAACUGACAUUGUCAUGUGCACUAGUACAAUUCCUAAAACUCUCUGCAUCUUCUGGUUCCAUCUCCAGGAAAUCAGCUUUAAUGAAUGCCUGGUCCAGAUGUUCUUCAUCCACAUCUUCACAGGGAUGGAAUCUGGAGUGCUCAUGCUUAUGGCCCUCGACCGAUUUGUGGCCAUCUGCUACCCACUGCGCUAUGCAACCAUCCUUACCAAUCCAGUCAUUGUAAGGGUUGGGCUUGCCACUUUCUUUAGAGCUGUGUUUCUCAUCAUUCCCCUUAUUUUCAUCAUAAAGCACCUGCCCUAUUGCAGAGGCAACAUAAUACAUCAUACCUACUGUGAUCAGCUGUCUGUAGCCAAGUUAUCCUGUGGCAAUAUCAAGAUCAAUGUUGUCUAUGGCCUAGUGGUUGCCUUCCUAAUCGGAGGUUUUGAUAUUUUGUGCAUCACAGUCUCGUACACCAUGAUCCUCCGGGCAGUGAUCAGCCUCUCCUCUGCAGAUGCUCGACAGAAGGCCUUUAGCACCUGCACUGCCCAUAUCUGUGCUAUUGUUUUCUCCUACACUCCGGCUUUCUUCUGUUUCUUUUUUAAUCGCUUUGGUAGUCAUACAAUUCCUCCAUCUUGUCACAUCAUUGUGGCCAAUCUCUAUCUGCUCCUUCCUCCUACGAUGAACCCUAUUGUCUAUGGGGUGAAAACCAAGCAGAUACGAGACUGUGUCCUAAGGAUCCUUUCAGGUUCUAAAGACAGCAAAUCCCUCAGCACAUAA